AUGCUGAAAAGUUUCUUGGCUACCAACUCGCUUCUGAUGAAGAGAAUUUCAUCAUCACCAGCAGUAUCUACAACAACAAUAGCAUCAUCAUUCACCAAUACUCAUCAUAUUUCACCCUAUCUUUCAAUGUGUUCCUCUCUUACACAACAACAAGUCAGAGAAAGAAAAAAGCAAACAGUCAGAAGAAAGCUGCCAUCCGACAAGGAAGUCUUUGAUAAAUUUCUUGAAGGUCCAAAAGAAAAGUACUUGAAUCCUCCAAGAAAAGUCAAAGAUACAUCAAGGAACGCUCUCCGCCCAGCUACUUUUGAAAUCCUCAUCAUUAAAGAUAACAAACUUACAUUUGCCGGAGAGGUAGUGAGAAUGAAAUCAAGCAAAGCAUGGAGAUAUUUGGCCUCGAACCCACCAAAGGCUGUAAUGAACACACCUGAAAAUAGAGAAAAGUACAAACAUUUACUAGCUAAUCCAGAGGAGCUCGCUCAAAAACGAGAGGUCUUUAACAGAAGAUAUAUUUUACAACGUUGUGUCAUCAAAAUGUGGAGAAAGACCGAAGGAGGAAAUAUGAAAUAUUAUUGGCCAAUUACAAAACGUGAUAUUGUCAAUUAUAUUUGGUGUGUUCAUCAUUUGGCUCUAAGAGAAGAGGACAUUACUUUCCCUGGAGAACAACGAAACAAUCCAAGCUCCUAUCAUCCAAUUCAGGUGCCUGGAUAUUAUUGUUUACAUGCUGAUUUGCACGAUGGACAAGAUCCGGUACUUUUGAGAUUGUACUUACCACUUAAUGAUAAGGCCAAGACACAUCGUGGAAAUUCACUAAUUGGCUACAAGUAA